GAGGAGAUGGCGAGUGAGAACAGCACAGUGGUGAAAGAGUUCAUUCUCCUUGGUCUCACCCAGUCUCGGAAUAUUCAGCUCCUGGUCUUUGGGCUCAUCUUAGUUUUCUACCUCAUCAUCCUCCCGGGGAAUUUCCUCAUCAUUCUCACCAUCAGGUCAGACCCUGGCCUCACAGCCCCCCUCUACUUCUUUCUGGGCAACUUGGCCUUCCUGGAUGCAUCCUACUCCUUCAUCGUGGCUCCCAGGAUGCUGGUGGACUUCCUCUCUGAGCAGAAGGUCAUCUCCUACAGGAACUGCAUCGCUCAGCUCUUUUUCUUGCACUUCCUCGGAGGAGGGGAGGGGUUACUCCUUGUGGUGAUGGCCUUUGACCGCUACAUGGCCAUCUGCCGUCCUUUACACUAUUCAACUCUCAUGAGCCCCAGAGCCUGCUAUGCCUUGCUGCUGGCCCUGUGGCUUGGAGGCUUUGUCCACUCCAUCAUCCAGGUGGCCCUCAUCCUCCGCUUGCCCUUCUGUGGCCCCAACCAGCUGGACAACUUCUUCUGUGAUGUGCCGCAGGUCAUCAAGCUGGCCUGCACAGACACCUUCGUGGUAGAGCUCCUGAUGGUCUUCAACAGUGGCCUGCUCACGCUCCUGUGCUUCCUGGGGCUUCUGGUCUCCUACGCAGUCAUCAUCUGUCGUGUGCAACGGUCAUGCUCUGAGGGGAAGAACAAGGCCCUGUCCACAUGUACCACUCAUCUCAUUAUUAUAAUUAUCAUGUUUGGACCUGCCAUCUUCAUCUACACUCGCCCCUUUAGGGCCUUGCCAGUGGACAAGGUGGUUUCUCUCUUCCACACUGUGAUAUUUCCUUUGUUGAAUCCUGUGAUUUAUACUCUUCGAAACCAGGAAAUAAAAGCUUCCAUGAGGAGGUUGCUUAAUAAGCACCUAGCCUGAUA